CAAUGUCCGAUCCUACCUUUCGCAAUUACAGCACUGAGCAGGCGAAGAAAUACGCCGAAGCCCGUGGAUCAUACGGAUCCAAGCUGGUCGAACUCGUUAUUCGUCACCAUGAAGAAACCGGCGGGAACUUCGACGUCCUGCUAGAUGUUGGCUGUGGCCCAGGUAACGCAACUCGCGACUUGGCUCUGUCAUUCACAGCAGCCGUGGGUGUCGACCCUGGGUUAGAGAUGAUCCAGGCUGCCCAGGGUCUAGGAGGGUUGACUAUGGCUGACCAGCCAAUUUCAUAUCACGUCGCAUCCGCCGAGAAUUGUACCAGCGUGCCGGGGACUGAGAACGGCGUCGACCUGCUCACAGCAGCGAUGGCAGCCCAUUGGUUCUCAAUGCCCGAGUUCUGGGCAGAAGCAGCCAAGGUCGUCAAGCCUGGUGGAACAGUUGCAUUAUGGACUUCGUCCUCGUUCUUCUGCCAUCCCGCAACUCCCAACGCACAAGAAGUCCAAAAAGCACUCUUCCGUCUAGAGCUCGAUGCCCUUGGUCCGUAUGAGCUCCCCCCAAAUCGAAUUUCGCGCGAUAUGUACGACAACCUGCCCUUGCCCUGGGAUGUCGAGCCAGCGGUAUCGGCCUUUCCACAAACGGACUUUGUUCGUCACGAGUGGGACCGAGAUGGAGUCUUGACCAACGGCGAAGAUUUCUUCUUUGAUGGAGGGGAAGAUACGGUGCAGGAACUGGAGAAGGGUUUCGAUACAGCCAGUAUGGUGACCCGAUGGAGAGAGGAUAACCCGCAUCUUGUGGGCACGGAGGAGGACUGCGUGAGGGUUGCUAUGAGGGAGGUCCGCGAGGCCAGUGGACUGAAGGCGGAUGAGAAACUGCGAACUGGAUCCUCGACGGUUCUGCUGUUUUUUAAGCGGAGAUGAAGAUGACUUGGUAAUGCUAUAGAAGUCAGUGAGAUCUCAAAUAAUGCCU